UCCACUUCAAAAAUAAUCGUAAGUAGGUACUUUAAACUGGCAUUUCCGGAAAUAAUAACUAACAAGCUGCCGACUACAACUCGAACAAGCAUAAAGCAAUAUUUACAAGUAAGAGUAACAAUAAGUCCCAACGUGCCUCACAAUAAAAAACAGAUUCCAUCAUGAAUUCCGUCCCUAUUGCGUUGAAUAAAGCGGCUAUGCGCAAAUACGAGGAUCUUGAAGUGCCUUGCAACGCAAUCCUCGCUAGCUAUGUUUGGAUAGACGGAUCUUGUAUAAACUUGCGCUCCAAAGACAGGACUUUCGAUUUCAUUCCAAAAACACAUAAAGAUUUACCAAUUUGGUACUUCGACGGCAGCAACACAGGUCAAGCCAGUUACGACAACUCUGAUACGUUCAUCUUUCCGGAAGUGAUUUACCACGAUCCGUUUCGACGGGGAAACCACAUACUAGUUUUAGCAGACACCUAUAAACAUAACUAUCAACCAACUGACAGUAAUCGCCGCAAGGAUUGUACACUACUUUGUGAAAAGGGCGAGGUUGAGGAACCUUGGUUUGGCUUCAAUCAAGAGUUUUUCCUUACCACCACGGAUGCCAGACCUUUAGGUUGGCCCCCGGGCGGAUUUCCCGCCCCACCUGGCCCUUACUACUGCGCUAUUGGCGCCGAUAAAAUUGUUGCCAGGGAUCUUAUGGAGGCUUUCUAUAGAUGUUGUCUCUAUGCAGGUGUUCAUAUUAACGGAAUUAAUCCAGGAACAACUCCAUCGCAGUGGAAUUUUCAGGUCGGACCAAGUCCUGGUAUAAAAGCAGCUGACGAUUUAUGGAUGGCCCGAUACAUUUUGAGUAGACUGGCAGAGGAGUAUGGAACUGUAGCUUCAUUUGAACCUCAACCUGUAGCGGACUGGCCUGGUAACGGCACCUUCGUUUACUUUUCGUCAAAGGACAUGAGAGAGGAAGACGGCAUACUGGUGAUCGAGAGGGCUAUAGACAAGCUGUCUCGGCGGCACGGGGCGCAUAUAAACGAGUACGACGCGAACAAUGGAGCAGAUAACGCUCGACGUCUCACCGGCAAGCACGGAAUGCCGCGCAUUCGGGACUUUACUGCUGGUGUGGCCAACCGGAGCUGUGCUGUGAGGAUACCACGACAAGUGUCUGAAGAUAAACACGGUUACUUGGAGGAUCGACGCCCCGCGGCCAAUGCUGAUCCAUAUCGAAUAAUCUCUAUUAUGCUUCGAACAUGUAUAUUUGAUGAAUAAAAUACACUUAGAAUACGUGUAUAAAAUGUAUCCUUUGUUUUUCAAGUUCCUUUGUAAGUUUAUUACUUUUUUGGGAUUUCUAUUGAAUAAAAUCGAUUUUGCCAA